CCGAGCCCGAGUAGGCCGCGGCGCUGCCCCCGCUCGCUGCGCUCCGCCGCCGGCCCCUCAGCCCCCUCCAGGCCGCCGGGGCCGCCCCCGCCGCCGCGAUGAUGAUGAUGGCGCUGAGCAAAACGUUCGGGCAGAAGCCCGUCAAGUUCCAGCUGGAGGAGGACGGCGAGUUCUACAUGAUCGGCUCCGAGGUGGGGAAUUACCUGCGUAUGUUUCGGGGUUCCCUGUACAAGAGAUACCCUUCACUCUGGAGACGACUCGCCACUGUGGAAGAAAGGAAGAAGAUAGUGGCAUCUUCACAUGAAAACCAGCGGUCUCACAGUCCCAGGAGAUAUCAUGGCUAUACAACAUUAGCCACUAGUGUGACGCUGUUAAAGGCCUCUGAAGUGGAAGAGAUCCUGGAUGGAAAUGAUGAGAAGUACAAGGCAGUGUCUAUCAGCACAGAACCUCCCACCUACCUCAGAGAACAGAAGGCAAAGAGGAACAACCAGUGGGUGCCGACUUUGCCCAACAGCUCUCAUCACCUGGAUGCGGUGCCGUGCUCAACAACAAUUAACAGAAAUCGCAUGGGCAGGGAUAAGAAGAGGACUUUCCCUCUGUGCUUUGAUGACCAUGACCCAGCAGUCAUCCAUGAGAAUGCAUCCCAGCCGGAGGUUCUGGUUCCAAUCAGGCUCGAUAUGGAAAUUGAUGGGCAGAAACUCAGAGAUGCGUUUACAUGGAACAUGAAUGAAAAGCUCAUGACCCCAGAAAUGUUCUCUGAGAUUCUUUGUGAUGACCUGGAUUUGAAUCCUCUGACGUUUGUCCCUGCUAUUGCCUCUGCCAUCCGACAACAGAUCGAGUCAUACCCAACGGACAGUAUUCUAGAAGAUCAGUCAGACCAACGAGUUAUUAUUAAGCUAAACAUCCACGUAGGGAACAUCUCCCUUGUAGACCAGUUCGAAUGGGACAUGUCGGAGAAGGAGAAUUCACCAGAGAAGUUUGCCUUGAAGCUGUGCUCAGAGCUUGGUCUGGGUGGGGAGUUUGUCACUACUAUUGCCUACAGCAUCCGAGGACAGCUGAGUUGGCAUCAGAAGACAUACGCCUUCAGUGAGAACCCUUUGCCGACUGUGGAAAUCGCAAUUCGCAACACGGGGGAUGCUGACCAGUGGUGCCCUCUUCUGGAAACCCUCACAGAUGCUGAGAUGGAGAAGAAGAUCAGAGACCAGGACAGAAAUACAAGGCGCAUGAGACGUUUGGCCAAUACUGCUCCAGCCUGGUAAACCUCCUGUUGUGACACUGGUGCUCUUCCUACAGACUUUAUCCGUAUUCCUCUCCCCAGAUGGAUCUAGGAUUGGCAGGGGUCUUUCUGUCCCUGACGGGGACACACAUUCCACUUGCCAAGAGUUCCCAGUACUGCUGACUUCUGCCCCCAUCCCCUUCACCUAAAUGCCACGUACCAGGAACGCUGCAUUAGCACAUGAUCUAGCUGAGACCUGUGGCAGCUGUUGGAGCCCUUAUAUACCUGUGUGUGGACAGUGUAAAGAUUCUUUUGUAUAGGUGCAACAUGCACUAUUAGGACAACUUUUUAAAUAAAAGGAAUGCAUACUGCUAGAUUGAGUUCAGUAAGUUUUAAAUGAGUGGUGAUCUCACACUGGUUUUGUCCUAUUAUGGCAACUGAGCAGGCCCAGGGCCUAAUAAUAGUGCUGAACACCCCUGUGCAUGCAGUUCUCCUAAAGCAUGGAGGAAACUUUUUUUUUUCGACAGGUAAAACAGCCUGAAGUGUUCUUGCUGCAGGGAUGAAGUGAUAAUGAGGCUUGGAAGAUACAAGUGACUCUAAAGGUUGGGUCUAAGCUGUUGCCCUACUUGGUACAGCCUGCAGUGAACUCAAGCAUCCAGCUGGCUUACUUGGCAAUGAUAGAACAGUUUGUGACUCUGGUUAAGGUAACAUUAAUUUGUCAGACGUUAGCCUGGUGGAAUGUGAUGUUUCCAACCCUUUUUUCUGUGAGAACUGCAGCUGGGAGACAGUGUCUCUGAACUCGUCCACAAGUUAAAGACCAACCAAAGACUCACCAACCGAGACCGCAGCUUCUCUUCAACAAGUGGCUUUGCUGUGGUCACUAGCAACCCACGUAGCUGCCAGCUAGAGCACACAGUAUCCAAAACAAAGUGCAUGGUCUUGAAUACCCUUAGGACUGCAGGGUCAGGAUUUUGCAACCCUAGAACAGCCUGUUUCCCUGGAGAGCUUAAAACAAAAUUCAUUGAACUUAAAAAAAAAAAAAAUCAAGCUUGCUUAAGAA